ACAGUCGGCUGGAUCGCCCCCUUUCCCUUGGAACUCACCGCUGCGGUGGGAAUGCUAGAGGACCCCACAACAAUGGAAGUUCCCGACGACGACGUUCUCUAUCACGUAGGACGUAUAGGCUCGCACUUCGUCGUGAUGGUUGUGUGCCCGCGCAUGGGUAUCGAACCAGCCGCCACGGCCCUUGCCAACAUGCGCCGCUCGUUUCCCAACAUCAAACAUGUUCUGGUGGUCGGCAUCGCAGGCGGGAUGCCCUGCUACGGUCCAGAUCUGCAGGAGCAGAUUGUCUUGGGUGACGUCGUCGUCGGCGUUCCCCAGCAAGGAAGAGGAGGUGUGACGCAUUAUGAGUUCGGUGCGUGGGAGGGCCAGAAAGAAUUGACUGUCAAAGAGCACACGCUUCACCCGUCUGCUGCUCUGCUCACUGCGGUGAAUAAUCUGCGAAGCGUGCAUAUGCAGGUGGCGGGAAGUAAGAUCCCGAAGUACCUGGAGGAGUUGCGCAGAGGCUUGAAUGAGCGAUCGAGGCAGGCUUAUGAGGAUCCUGGGGCCGAAUACGAUCAUCUCUUUGAGGACAGCUAUCUUCAUACGGACAGGGGAAGAUUCUGUCAAGGCCUUUGUGACGCGAUGCGAGCAAAGCUGCGCAAGAGUCGGGGCAAAAGAGCCGAGCGGAAGAGUGACCAACCCCAUAUCCACUAUGGCAACAUUGGCUCGGCAAAUGCAGUUGUCAGGUCGAGCGCUAAGAGAAAUGAACUCCACGCGAAGCACAACAUCAUCUGUCUUGAAAUGGAAGCUGCGGGCGUGAUGAGCGACUACCAGGGUCUGGUGAUCCGGGGAGUCAGCGACUAUGCGGACUCGCACAAGAAUAAGAAGUGGCAGGGCUAUGCGGCAGCAACGGCGGCGGCAUACGCAAAGGAGCUUCUGUUGCUGCUACCGGCAGGUGGAGGGUCGUCGACAGGGUCAUCUCUUCCCGAUGAGAGGAAUGGGACUCGGGGAGAUGGGUGGUAUGUGGGACGGGAUCAGUUUCACAACUCGGGAGGCGGGUUUAUGAACUUCAAUAUGGGCGCAGGGUAUCAAACGAAUAACAACACCGCUGGCAACCAAUAUAAUGCGCCGUUUUAUGGGCAUCCGUCUGCCAUACCGCAGUGGCCCAAGUACUAGCAGGCGGUGUUCAAGUAGACAAUGUCGUUCUCUCUCCUCCGUCGACUGGGACAACUUCUCCACCGCCGACGAGCUCCCUUGCUUUGGCGUCGCAGGCUUCGAGGCUGGCAGAAGUCUUGGUGAAGAAAUCCCAGAUUUCGGAGUCGACGGAAUAGUUCCUUGCCGCGUCAGGACUCGGGCCAGUGAUGGUGAUCUCGGACGAUUCCUCCAUGGCGUGUUGGCUGGGUGAAAUGACGAGGAAGAAGAUGACGAGGAAGAAGAUGACGAGGAAGAAGAUGACGAGGAAGAAGA